GCUGAAUUAUUCUGAAUUGAGAUAAUGCAUUAGUGUGCCGCACGCGCUUGGAAAGAAGCAGGAACUGUGGGAGGGGACAUGUGUAUCACACGUUCGCUCAUGCUGCUGUGUUUCGCCUACCAAUUCCACCUCAUCGUGCACAUUGUUCCUGCGAUCUGAACGAGAGCACUGACACUUCUAUCCUCCAGCAUCCCUUCCACACACCUUCAUGUGGAUCUGCCCGCGUUCGGAGAGAACUGGAGAGCUGGCCAGAAUAAACAACCGUAGCUUUGCGCGACUCAUUAUUUAAUUCGUCCGACUUUUUGGGACGUGGUUUAAACCGAAACGGGUUGAAGACCUACAAGUCGUCGUCAUAUUGUCUGUUUAUGCGCUCGGAGACAAUGUUUUAAAGGAAAUAUUGGCGCGCGCGCUUCUCUUUAAAUGAGCUCAGAUUGGAGAGCCAUUGGGAAGCCAAGCAAGGAACUAACUUGAACUACGAAAUUGGAAAGCUCCAGCUACUGUGUUGGAUCAGUGACGACGUCUACGGCUUCCGGGCCAUGAGUAGCUUUAAGGGCCAGGAUGUGGAAAAACAGGGCAUCAAGCUGCCAAAAAAAUGGAUUGAUUCCAAUGAUAAAAUCCCCACAGACCGUACGAUGGUUGUCGGGGGAGUUGUGGGAGGAGGAGACGCUUCUGAUCCUGCAGGAUGUUCGCUGAAGAAACGGCGGCAGCGCUACGUGGAAAAGGACGGCAAGUGCAAUGUCCACCAUGGAAACGUGCGCGAAACCUACCGUUACCUGACAGACAUCUUCACCACGCUAGUGGACUUAAAGUGGCGCUUCAAUCUGCUGGUCUUCACGCUGGUCUACACCACCACCUGGGUGUUUUUUGGCCUCAUUUGGUGGCUCAUCGCCUACAUCCGUGGAGAUCUGGACCAUACUGAUGACGCCAAGUGGACACCUUGUGUGAAUAACCUUAAUGGCUUCGUCUCUGCGUUCCUUUUUUCCAUCGAGACCGAGACCACCAUCGGUUAUGGGUACCGUGUCAUAACGGACAAAUGCCCCGAGGGAAUCAUCCUGCUUCUGGUGCAGGCCAUCUUGGGCUCCAUCGUCAAUGCCUUCAUGGUGGGUUGCAUGUUUGUGAAAAUCUCACAGCCAAAGAAACGCGCCGAAACGCUCAUGUUUUCCAACACAGCUGUGAUAUCCGUGCGGGACAGCAAACUGUGUUUGAUGUUCCGUGUCGGUGACUUGCGAAACUCGCACAUAGUGGAGGCCUCCAUUAGGGCCAAGCUCAUCCGAUCUAAACAGACCAAGGAAGGAGAGUUCAUCCCCCUAAACCAGACGGACAUUAAUGUGGGCUUUGAUACGGGGGACGAUCGACUGUUUCUGGUGUCACCGCUGAUCAUUUGCCAUGAGAUCAACAAGAACAGCCCCUUCUGGGACAUCUCUCAGGAGCAACUGGCACGAGAAGAGUUUGAAAUAGUGGUCAUCCUGGAAGGAAUGGUAGAGGCCACAGGUAAAUCAGAGCUCCUUGGAUGAAUCAGAAGUAUUUAAAUGGGUGUUGCCUGACAGUCAAACAUGAAAAGUGACCAGAUUUACCACAGUUCCCCUGGUAACAGAAUGCUGACAGCAGGGCGUGAUAUGGUAUUUUCAUGGGAUUCGCUAAUUAUAUUGACAGUGUAUUCAUGUGACAGCAGUUGCAAUUACACUAUGCUAAUUAGCUUUUGCAUUGUGUUCUGUGUCAGUAUAGACAGAUAUUGCUGCCUGCAUGGAGCAGGAAGAUGGAGGACUCUUGAGAUGUUUCUCAGUAAGACAAGCUCAUGGCGUGUCAAUAGAUCCGCCUCAGGGAAAUUAGUGAGCAGAAGACAAUUGAAAGAACUAUAAUGCAUUUCACUCUCACACAUACAUAAAUACACACACGGCUCAAAAAACACUCUCUCCUACAUCUAAAAUAAUGAAUCAUUGCUCAGGAGUGGGAUGCAGUGAGUAGCUUCAGUCCACAAUCAUCACACUUGUUCAGAGCAGUUAAACUUUUUUUGUCUCACAUCUGACAUUCAAGAGCAUCCCACUUUCAGUCAAUGUAGGUUUAACCUAUCUAUUAUUAGACAAAAAGCAGGAUAACAGUAAAAGAAUCAGUAUCAGAAAUAAUACCAAACUAUUCAGGUCAUGACUGUACCUCAAGGCCUAAUGAAAUUGGAAAAUUAUAGAGAAUAAUUAUUGAUUUCUUUUCAUGUCUGACAGUGAUAAGUAAUGAAAUAAUUGAGGUUUAAGAUUGGCCAAUAAGGGUAAUGACAUCAGGGAGAUACAGAACUUGGUCCAGGUCUAAUAACAAUUAUAACUGUUCUCAUAACAAAUUUAAUUUAAGCUUGAACCUCAGCAACAGCUCACUCUUAAAGGGAUACUUCCUCCAAAAAUCUGUCAUUUACUCACCCUCAUGUUGUUGACUUACUUUCUUCUGUGGAAUGCAAAAGAAGACAUCUUGAAGAAUUUAACUGUUCUUGUCCAUAUAAUGAAUGUCAUUGGGGUUCAAAACAACAUAUAUGGAUUGUAUGAUUCAUUGUAUGGACAAAACAGCACUGAGACAAUUUUCUAAAUCUCUUAUUUUGUAUCCCAUACAAGAAAGAAUGUCAUACAGGUUUGGAACAUGUUGCCGCUUACAACAGAGAAAAAAUAAUAAUUAUAAUAAUGCAUUAACAAUAGCGGUCUAUGGGAAAAGACAUAGAGUGCUGCGGGGAUGAUGUAUUUUUGUAGGCCUGGAGGUAUUUUGGCAGGUUCCGUUGUCCUGAAGUAAGUGAGUUUUUGGUUAAAUGGCUGAAGUAAGAUCUGUGGAAAACAUAAGCUCAAGAUAUUUUUAUUUUUAUUCUGUGACAUAAAAUACAUCAGUAGUACCCCUUGUGAUUUUUUUAUUUAUUUUUUUUUUUUUAAAGCUUUUACUAAAAAAAAUAGACCAUUGCUAACAAGUGGCAAAAUGGGACUAAAGAGGUUGUCGGGGACAUUAAAUGUCAUCACACUGAACAAGAAAACUCAUCUAUUCACUAGUCCACUUUCAGGGCCUUAUUGCGUUUGAAUCUUGCUCUCGCAAACUAUUCUAACUCAAAUUUUCAGGGAAAACAUUUUUUAAAUAAAGACUUAAAGAGUUGUCUGACGCUAGUGACAUUGAAAUCAUGGAACUGUGGUGUAGUUUGUUUUGCUUUUUACUUCUGCCGAUUGUAUUUAGGAUUCAAAAUUCAUAAAAGUUGUGUUCAAUUGUGAAGAUAAACAUGUAGAUAAAACAUGUAAGAAUCAUACAUUUUUUUUAGUAACUGCUUUUUUAAUUGUUUAUUUUUUUAAAUAAUCCUAUUUGGUUUUUGUCGCGGCAACCAGGGUAAUGGAAACUUCCAGGCAGCUCUCUGUUGCACUGGUAUAAAUGCUAAAAUACACACAAAACUUAAACAUUAUAUGUAUUAAUUGUGAUAAAAGUGUUUCUAUUCUUAUCUGUGCAAAGUUAUUUCCAAUUUAUGCCUGUCUGUAAUGUGUAUGUUCAGUUUUGGUUUCAUUUUGGUUUCAGUUCUGUUCCUGUUGUUCCUGCCUUAGUUUUCUAGUUGGUUUCCCUGGUUGUUCCCACACCUGUUCCGUUUUAUCUUUGAUUACACUCCCUGUGUAGUUAAGCUCUGUGUUUUGUUCAGUUUUGUCUGGUAUCAUCUAUGUUUAAGUGGUUGUGUUAGUUUAUUUCUCUGACGAUCUCCUGAUUGUUCCUUGUUUAUUUUAUUAAAGACAAAUUUGUUUCUCUACUCCUCCUUCAUGUGCUUCACUACAGCCACACCCUGACAGAGUACCGGACCUUGAAAAGAUUAGAUUGCGGCUUUUUUCUUUCUUUCUUUCUUUGCUCCCCCCUCACUAGCCAGUAAAGAGCCAGUCAACCAUGGACUAAGUCAACCAUCACCAGGACCAGGUGCGUGAGCCGGCAACACUGUGUGGGACUGCUCAUGGAGUACGAGGGAAUAUAGGAAGACCCCACCCACACACCCACCACUGAGGGUGAGCUGCAGCUGGCCUCUGCUAACUGUUUUAUGUUAAAUUGGAAGAGGAUGUUUCCCUUAUUCUCCCGUCCCUGUUGGUUCCGCCCAGCUCCAAGUCUCCUGUAUCUCCGCUGGUUCCGCCCAGCUUGAAGAUUUCUGUGCCUCCACUAGUUCCACCCAGCCUCUCUCGCCCACCUCCUCUUCCAAACUCAGCCAGUUGCUCGGCUCCACCUCCGCUGCUUCAGUCUCUCGGCUCCUCUUCUGAUGCCACUCAUUUGUGUGGAUUUGUCUCAGGUCUUACGGUCUCCAGCUCUGCCCAUUCAGAGGAUCCCCUGACUCCGCCUCCAGCCAUCAAUCCCGUCACUCCACCUUGGCCCGUUGACCUGUCGGCUCCACCUUGGUUCCUCCCUCCCUCGGCUCCACCUGGGACCACCAUCCUUACGGCUCCACCAGGCUCCCUCGUCCCUCUGGCUGCGCCUUGGUCAGACGUCACCCUGCCUGUGCCAUAGACUUAACAGGCCUUCAGCUACGUUUUAUUCCUACACCCCAUUAGCUCCAUCGGGCUCAGCCUUCCCUCAGACUCCUCCUUGGUCUUUCCCUCUUUCUGCGCCCUGGGCUCCACUUCCAUCGACCUCAUCUCCGUCAGUCGCCCCCCUGGAGUCAUCAGCCAAGUCUCCAACCUUGGUUCCUCCCUCCGUCAACUCCACUGUGGGCCAUCGUCCUGGCUGAGCUUUGAGUCCUCGCCUGGCUCCUCCUGCUCCUAGCUCCUCCCUCCCUCCAUUUCCCCAUGGACUGUUCUGCCUGCUACUGUUUCACGUCCUCCACCUGAUCCCCCUCCCUCCCUCCCUCCCUCCUCUGUUUGACUCCCCAUGUAUUGUGUUUUGUUCCGUUCUUUGUUCAAUCUAUGUUUAAGUGUUCAAAGUCCUGUGUGUUCCUUUUUAUUAAAGACUAUUUUGUUCCUCUA